AUGCGCCAAUCCCAUGGAGGACAUGGAGGCAGCAGCAAGUGGCAGCACGUCCAGCAGCAGCAGCAACAGCUGCCAUACCACGUAGAAGCUCGAGCGCCUGUAGCCCCGGCCGAUGCCGCUCGAGUGCAGAGAGACGUUGUGGCUUUUAUUGAAGCUUUUCGAGCCAAUCAGUCGCACCCAGCGGCGCCACCGAAUGCACUGACGCUCGACGUUGUCGUCCGAGCAGUUUGCAGUCAUUUCCGUGUAGCCACAUUUGAAGACUUGAUGGGCACAAGCGCUCUGCAGCUGCCAGCGCUAAGACAACUGCACACUGUGAACCAACGCGUGUGGAUGUUCGUCACCUGCUUCAUGCAAAGCCGUCGCAUCCACACGCUCUUGGAGUGUCAACAUGCUUUUUUACAGCAUGAGGGACUGCGGUCUUUUCACGAGCUCAAGCUUGGCAAUUCGUUCUUGCACACUGAAGCUGUGCAACAACUGUAUCAUUCGCCUGUUGUCGUGAUGAACAUCACGACGAAAGAAGUGCUAGGAUGUUUGCGUCAGUUUGGAGAGAUGCUAGGUCGUGAUGCCUUCCGGUCGUCUUCACACAUUGACCUGCAUGAGUUUGGCCAGUAUUUGGCGCAAACCUACAGACAGCCAAGUGCACAGGCGAUGGGUGUGGCCAUCGAUCCAUCUGGAUUUGGCGUCUAUGUUGGCAUGCUGCGUCGUAUUGCCAAUCACGAGAUGAAAGAGAUGAAGACGCUGGAGCAACAGCUGCAACGUGAAGUUGCAGAAAAGCUGUUUCGAAUUACUAAGGAGAAAUUCAGCGACGACAAUCGACAACAGGCGCUGAAGGAACUACUUGAGCAGACCAAUGGACGGUCGAGUCAGCAGGAGAACGAUGAGGUUUCGCAUCAUAGACGUCAAGGCAAGAAGGGCAGCAUGCAGUCGCUCUCGUUGGAUAUGCUCAAGCGCGUUACUGAUGUCGAUGUGUACCUGGACAACGUGCUGCGGCGUAAAGCUGCGGUAGAUGCGAAGAGCCAACAGAAGUUUUGCAAACCCAUCUCAUCGCAGGAGAUUGCGGAGACCGACUCGAAGCUUCGCAAUCAGCUGUCGCGGUUUCUGACAUCAUCCCAAAAAAGCCGACACCACUCGAGGCUCAAGGUCGUGACAUGGGUGAUCUGCAGUAUCAUGGCGAAAACGUAUGCGCUGCUGCUAAGUGAUGACAAAUUGCCCGAUGACGAUGGUUUGGACGGAGGAAAGUCGGCGGCUGUCGAUGAGCUAGAAAGUGACAAGGAGGAGUGCGAUUGUUGCUGUCUAGGCGAAGACUCUUGCACGUGUUCGUGCAGUUGUAAGUGUCAUGUGGAAUCUAGCGAUGACGAAGGUGAAGACAACGACCGUCAAGACAACGAGGCGAAAAUGGAGUCCAACACUUCGGGGAACACUGAUCAGUUCCCUGCUAUGCCGACUGACCCUUUUACUAAGAGGUAUGGGAAAAUCACUCUAGAAGAGGACGUGACGCUCGAAGACGUGCAGGCUGAGAUCGAGAGCUUUUCCAAUAUUCAACAGUCACGUGACAACCCGCCUCAGACAGAAAAAGACGUGCUGCUGGUUUUGUCGUCUCUCGAAAACCAUUUGAUCAGUAAGUUUUCUGCCAAGCGCAGUACUAUUACUUGGGCAGGGCGGCGAUCCGUGCUGGAACUUCUGUCCCAUCUCCUCAGCGAUGUUGGAGACGAAAGUGACGAAAGCGGAUUCAGUGCAGGUAGGUGGCUGCUUGGCCUGAUGCGUUCUGCAGUGCGAAAUGACCGUGACAACUGCCCGUCGAAAGAGAUGGUCGGAAAGAAGCGUUUGCAUCACGAUGUCAUGCCAUUCGUUCGGGAGUGCUAUGCUACCAUCUCAUCGUCUUCCGCGCUGUCAUCGCUGUCCAGCGAAAAGCAGCAACAAUGGAUCGCUCAUCGAAUUCGUGUCGCGCUUGGAUGCGUGCGCACUGAGGAUUGCGGACUUCCGAGCGUUGAAGAAUUGACCAAUCUGGUAGACCAGGACCCUUGUGAAGUCAACAGUUCGGUGAUUAAGUACGCUGGCAGCUUCGAUAUCAGCCUUGAUGUCAGCGUGUACGACGAUGCAGUCGCGCAAGAAGGUGCAACAGGUGAGUCGAUGCGAAAGCUCUUGGCAGAGCAAGCGCUGGAAAAACUGCGCAAAUGCCCGUACUUGGUUGAUGUAUCACUGUAUAUGGAUUGGCAAGAGCGUUAUGCCCCGAUAUGUGGAGCGUUGCUUUUGUUUAUCCGGGUGCAUGAAAUGAUUUUACUUGAUCAUGCAUCAUCAAACAACUUUCUGUUUGUGUGCUGUAUAGACGGCACGAUAUUGCGCGUGAAUGAGAAGUCAACGUCGUCCGAUCUUGAAAUGCUGUUUGCUCGAGCACAGGCAGAGCAAACCCCUGUGGCUGCCAGCCAGAUAGCAAUCCACUUAGUGUCGAUACUGGUGACAUGCAAGGGCCAUGCUAAUUUCCCCAAACAGCUUGUUAAAGCUCACUUAUGUGCCCACUUGUCCGAGUGUGCCAAGGGUCAGACAGUUGAUAGCUACAGACAACGCUUUGUCGUAGAGGUGCUCAUGGAUACACCCGUGGAGUUUGCGGACUUCAUGACGUCGUUACUGUUUGAUGUCGUCCGACAAGGCCCUUCGUCGGACGUCUUGGAUGAUAUGGCUGUUGCAGACCAAAUCUGGAAAGCUUGCCAAAGCGAUGCAGAGCGAAAAAUGCUUGUGCUAAUAUCGAGCCGAAGCUUGUCGCCGUUGUGGAUGGAACAGACGGAGAAAUGGUGCACGAGGCGUGAGAAUCUGACCAUUGUAACCGUGGAAGAUACUUCUGGCGAUUGGUCGGACGACAGAGGCAAAGGUAUGACAGCGACUGAGUCAAAGUCUGCGCUACCCGGUCAUCCAAGCAACGUCAGCAACAAAGCCGAUGACAUUGGCGUAGUUUGUCAUCUCUUAGACACUUUUGAUUCGGAAGCAGCGUCUCAAGGCUUUUCCGAUGACCGACUUGAUCGUAACACUGUCGAAAGUGAACCUUCAGCAAGGGAUGUUGCCAGUGCCGAUUCGUGUCGUUCGUUCAUUGACGAGUUACGCAAAAAGCAGUUCGGUGUUGGGCUUCACAUUGAGGAUGAGGCAGCGACGUCGGUGCUGCUUAUCCAGCAGCAGCGACUUGAGCGUGCCCUCAAGCGGCUGAGUGACGAGCUCUACAGUGAAAGCACACACUUCGUUCUCGAGUUGUUGCAGAACGCCGAUGAUAACGCUUAUGAUGACGCUGUGGUUCCACUGGGCGAGUUUACGGUAACGGCAGACAAGCACAUUGUGUUUUACAACAACGAAAGGGGAUUCUCACCAGAAAAUGUCCGGGCAAUUUGCGAUGUGGGUGCAUCUACGAAGGCUACAACUGAUUCGGAGGCAAGUAUCGGCAAGAAAGGUAUCGGUUUCAAGAGCGUCUUCAAGGUAUCCGACAACCCGCAGGUGCACUCGAACGGAUUCCACAUUAGCUUCCAUGCCAAGAACUCUCAGCAUGGUAGUGGUAUGGGGUAUAUCUUGCCGUAUUGGAUGGAUGAUGUUACUCAAUGGGAACAGCGUUGCGGCACGACGUUUGUGUUACCGCUAAACAGUGCGUCAGUGCAUAGAGUGGAUGAUAUCUCGCAGUCAUUGAUGGCAUUAGAGCCGUCGGUGUUGCUCUUUCUUCGACGAAUACGUGAGCUUCGUCUACGUGACUUGACUCGGCAGCACACUCAUCAUUUUCUCAAGAAAGAGAAGAAGCUGCAUCGGAACACGCACAUUGUCCUGUUGCUCUCGCGAGUAAAGAAGGAUGAGGAAAGCGCGAAGGUAGCGCAGCAAAACUGGUUGGUGGUGAAGAAUGAACUGGAACCACCGCUUCUCUUUCAUCGCAGUCACCCGACCGAGAUCGCGCUUGCCCUUCCCAUUUCUGGUCAAGGAGUAAAGCUUGGCGGGCGAAUUGACCGACCGCCACUUCAGCACGUUUUCGCGUACUUGCCACUGCGGUCUUAUGGUUUUCGGUUUAUUCUACAAGGCGACUUUGAAAUUCCGAGUUCACGAGAAGCGAUUACGAAUGGGAGUGAGUGGAAUGAGUGGCUCGUAUCCAAGCUCCCCGCACUUGUAUGCGCUGCUGUGAGUAGUUACAUUUCAACUAUUGAGAGAGAUGAAGAGUGUAACGCGAAAUUGUGUGCUGAGCAAGCGAUAUCUGCGAUCUCACACCUCCUGUCGUUGCUGCCUCUCGAAAACGAGGUGCAAGCUCCCUUCCGGAGCAUUGUUCCAGAGGUCAUGCGUGAAUUACGCCAAGUCAAGUGGCUAGCUGGUGCUUCAUGUGAUCCAUGUUCAUUGGUCGUGGACCUGUUUAUGCCAUCCGGGUUGAUCGAUUGCGCGGAGCUGACGGAGAAUGAUCAGGCCAGCGAAAGUAUGAUGACGCUGUUGGAAGCUCUUGGUGAAGACACUAUUGCGUCAACACUUAACAAGCGCUUCCUACACCCUGCUCUUUCCCGAACCAUGUCGAUAUCGAUGAAAAGACAGUUGCGGAUUGAGCAGCUCCACACCUUGCAUCUGAUGCAAGUUCUGUCGCUAUCGGCAGACAAGAAUGAUAUUGACUGGACCGUGGCAGUGUUGUCAUUGCUUGCAAAGCUUUGGCAAAGCGAUCGCCAGUCGCACUUACGUCGAGAGGAGCUGCGGUUGAUCAAGUGCUUCCCGUUGCAGCAAUCAGGCAACAAGGACUCGAGCAUCAGGUGGAUCUCGUUAGCUGACGGUCACGACUCUCUCUUUGUACCGGGCAAUCAAGCUGAUGACUAUGGCUUGACUCGCGACAAAUCGUACGAAUUUUACAGCGACCUCCGCAUUUUGGAUGACAGAUUUACGAAGGCUGCUUUCAAGAGCUCGAAGCUGCGCGCUUUUCUGAUAAAUCACGUAGGUAUCCACGUAAUGGAGGAUCAUGACUUGAUGCGGCACCACAUCCUUCCAGCGAUGGCGAUGCUGCGUUCGCCUACUGAAUUGGUGAACGAUGGAGAUCUUGGAAAGGUGGAUGCUGGCGUGGUUAUUCAGUACGGAAAGUUUGUAUCGUCGCAUCUGGAAUCGUGCAUCAAUUGUCCGAUGCACAAGGAUAUAAAAGCCAACAUGGUCGUUGCAACCACCGACGGUCGAGUCUUGGCGGUCGACGCGUCGAACUUGUUCGUUGUCUUACCGUCCACAUAUGAAAGUGUGUCCCAGCUACAGCCAUGGAUCACGACAAAAAUCGAGGCUUCUAGCUCAGACGGGAACGUCUUUGGCAUUGUUUCCAGCGGUUAUUUCUCUGGCAAUGGCAGCACGACUGACAGUUGUCCUACGAAAACCUUGGAUAAACGAUGGCGGGAACUACUGGUCGAUGUUAACGAGUUGUCCCUGCUGUUUGACGUUGCGAGUCUUUUGACGGAUUCGCGCUCACAGGCUGGAAUGAAGCAAUUGCUCGGGUGGAUCGAAAGCGAGGACGAUAUUGCACUGAAGCGCAGCAUGUCGAAGCUUUUGGCAGAACUUAUGGAUCAACUUUGGAGAACGCAAGAAAGCGAUGCUGGCCUUGAUCGCUCCUCCUGCAUUACUACUUCCGGUGAUGAAUCGGAUGACACUUUUAGCUGGUGGCGACGGUAUUUCUGGCUGGAAGGGUCUGAUGGGAACUUUUACCGCCCGAUUGAUCUGUGGAUGUCAGUGGAGUCGGUCACACACUUGUUCACGCCUGCCAUGGUUGCAUUUACGUCAACGGCGUGGAAGAGCAAAGACUUUGCUAGACGGGUUCUUGGCCUGCAAGCGGACGUAUCUGUUUCUCACGUGAUUUCCACUAUCUCAGAUCUGUCCGUUGAUCCAACGUUGGUGUCCACACUGGAAAUCGAUCAAGUCAUUCGGAUGUACAAGUUCUUGUGGGAAGAAAGUCAACGCUUGGAAGCUUGUUGUGACGAGAUCAUGAAGGCGUUCUCGUGCAAAAUGCUACUCUUUGUUCCGGCCAUGACCGAUUCGCAUGAAAGUCGGAAUCGCUUCAUAAGUGUAAAGAAUGUAGUAUGGUCAUCGUCGGUGCACUAUGAUGAGCUGAUUGCCUUGGAAACUCACUACCCCAAAACGCUUUGUGGGUUCUUUACCGAGAUAUGCGGCGUACAACGGAAACCAUCGAUUUCGUUCUUGUGCAAAGUCAUUACCAAACAAGCGGCUUGCAUGACAGGCAGUAGCAGUAGCGAACGAAGCGGACACAAGAACAUCAGUUUGUGGAAGAAGCGUCUACUACCGCUUUUGUGCGCAGUGUCAAAGCACGUGAAAAAGCACUCGCUCUCCAAGGUGGAGACCAAAGAAAUCAAGAAGACCCUUAAGUCGACUCCUUGGCUACCAGCACGAACUCUGGAUGGAUCUCGUGAUGGUGUCGUGUUUUGUAGCUCAAGGGACCAGCCUAUACUAGCGGUGACGGAGAACGAGAAGAAGCUGCAGAAGCUGAUUUUCUCUAUUGCGAAGGAUGUCUGCGCGGCCCAUGAUUUGGACGUUGACAAAGAUCAACAGGUACCGGAGGGCGGAGAAGACAUCAAAAUCGUUCAGCUGAAAGUUGUUGAGGGCGAUGGAGAUCUCAAUGCGCUGCUUGAUUUCGCGAAUAUCAUGACGUUAUCCGUCCACCUCGAGGCCAAUGUGAGCUCCUGGUGUAAAGCGUUUGUCCGCUUUACGAAAUCUUUUCAGCUCGACAGCAAGAGGGGGAAAACGAAGCUGCUGAAGCUCGGACAGCUCUUGAUCAAAGCAUGGGCUAGUGCGUCCUUCUCGCUUUCGUCGAGUGGCGAGCACGAGAUUCAAUGGAGCUUGCAGCAUGCACAUAUCUUCCCGACGAUUGAUGAUCCUCAUCGAUGGGAGCUUGCCUCCAAUAUUUACAUUAAUGACCAAACUGAGUUGUCCGAGCAAGAUCUUCAACUGCUAGGUCAAGCUGGGCUGGCAGUGUUCGGAUUGUUUGCAUGGAACUAUUUUGCUAAUAUUUCAGCAAGCAAAGAAGAAAACAGCGAGGCGACGCGAGUGCACAAGUUCCUCACCAGAUUUUGUGGCAUGAAGUCGCUCAAAGAGCACUUGCAGUACGAAGUCACUGUACUCAGCACACAGCGACCAGCGAGCGAGGUAUUCCAUUUAAAGAUUCGCACUGCCUUCGCUUUGGCCCAGCGAUGUCUGUUCCACAACCACCGGCAGCUGUAUAACCAGCUACAUCACGACUCGAUCGCAAAACUAGCAUCAGAACUGCAGUGUGUUCUGGUUGAUGGUCAGGAUGGGUUUCAAGUGGUAUAUCGGGUUGGCAGUUCGUUCAGCGUUCGCCGUGAAAUGAACUCGUUAUCACGUUGCUUCCUUGAUGUCCAGAAAAAUACCCUGUACUUGUCAUUCGUGACGGGGGACGAAGAAGCGAGUGCACUCUCUGUGGUGUUAAUGGAGCUAUCCCGGAAGCUUUUUGGCAGUCAAGUGGCUGCUAGUGUUGCGAACGUGCUAUAUCCCAGCUUGAUGCAGCCAGAUACUUUCUUGAGGGAGCAGUGGCUAGUCGAAACGCAACUUUUGCCUCCGUUAUCUGCCAGUGAAGCUGGAAGUUUGUGGGUGGACCAUUGUUCCUCGACGUGUACGCUUUCUGGUGCUACUGGUCAUAAGCGAGCGUUGGAAGACAUUGAAGAUGGCGAGAUCGCUGCUGAGAAUGGUCCUGUGAAAAAGUGCUUUGCGGUACAGCAGAGCUACAUCGAGCAACAAGACACGUCGCUGUCUUCAACAAGCUACACAGCCACCGAUAGGGAAAAGUAUGAUAUGCAAGCACAGAGCCUUCCGUACCCGCCACUUCCACCGCAGCUAGCAAACGGGAACGCUAAUGGAGCACAGUAUCAUACGCCGCUAUCCGCUUCAUCAUUUUCUGGACCUAUCACACAGUCUCUGUCAUUGUCGAACACGAUGACGAAGGAGGAGCGAGUCGCUAUCGGUCGCUGGGGUGAGGAGUACGUGUUUAACCAGCUCAAGCAGCAGCAAGCGGAUAAUGAGUCGAACCUGACUGUCGAGUGGAUGAACGAAAUGGAGGAAUCUGGUCUCCCGUAUGACCUCACGUUGUCCGCCGGAAACAAAGUGGUGGAGUUUAUCGAGGUGAAGUCCACCCGGACAAUGGAGAAGGGUGUGUUCGAGAUCAGUAUGAAUGAACUGGACCAGGCAGCAACCCACGGUUCCACAUACUGCAUUUAUCGAGUGUUUAACGCAGGCAACUCCGCAUUGUGCCGAGUGAUUCGUAUGAAAAACCCUGUAUCGCUAGUGCGCCAACGCAAGAUUCAGCUAGCACUUGUAAUGCAGUAA